AUGAGAAAGGCGAUGGAUAUCCAUGGCUCUUCUUUCUCAAGCUUCAGGUCCUACCUAAAUGCCCUUCGCGACACUCCUCGCCGGCUCGCUCGUCGUGCCGGAUCCGUCUCCACCACCUUUGAGGAAACAAGCCGUGUCCGAUUCCACUACGGUGGCAACAUGAGGAAGACUCUACGAUGGUACGAUCUAAUCUGCUUUGGUGUCGGGGGUAUGGUCGGCGCCGGCGUAUUCGUCACCACAGGAACUGCUAGCCACGACAAGGCUGGCCCCGCCGUUGUCCUCUCCUACGCCAUUGCCGGAUUUUGCGCCUUACUUUCCGCUUUCUGUUACACCGAGUUUUCCGUCCACAUGCCUGUCGCUGGCGGUGCCUUUAGCUACAUCCGCGUUACUUUUGGUGAGUUCAUGGCAUUUUUAACCGGAGCGAAUCUGAUAAUGGAUUACGUUUUCUCCAACGCCGCCGUUGCGAGAAGCUUUACGACCUACCUCGGAACAGCCAUUGGUGUUUCUGCAGAAUCCAAAUGGAGAAUAACCAUAUCCUCUCUACCAAAAGGUUUCAACGAAAUCGAUUUCAUUGCAGUCCUUGUCAUAUCAAUCCUCACCGUCAUCAUCUGUUACAGCACGAGAGAAAGCUCUGUGUUGAACAUGCUUUUGACUGCACUUCACAUCCUGUUCAUAAUGUUUGUAAUCAUAAUGGGGUUUUGGAGAGGAGACUCAAACAACUUCACUAAGCCAUCCGACCCGAGCCAUCCGAGUGGGUUCUUCCCAUUCGGAGCCACAGGAGUUUUCAAUGGCGCUGCUCUGGUUUACCUGAGUUACAUUGGAUAUGACGCUGUGUCAACGCUGGCGGAGGAGGUUAAAAAUCCGGCGACUGAUAUCCCUAUUGGGGUUUCGGGAUCCGUUAUCCUGGUCACCAUCCUCUACUGUUUGAUGGCCACUUCGAUGUCGAUGCUUCUUCCUUAUGAUCUGAUAAAGCCGGAUGCACCCUUUUCAGGGGCGUUUGUAGGGAAAUCAAAUCGAUGGAAUUGGGUGUCCAAUGUGAUAGGUGUUGGAGCCAGCUUUGGGAUCCUGACAUCACUGUUAGUAGCUUUGUUGGGGCAGGCUCGAUAUCUGUGUGUGAUUGGCCGAUCACACAUUGUCCCUGUAUGGUUUGCCAAGGUCCAUCCGAAAACGUCUACGCCUGUGAACGCCUCUGUUUUUCUUGGGAUUUUCACGGCGGCAAUCGCUCUUUUCACGGAGCUAGAUGUCCUUCUCAACCUUGUCUCCAUAGGCACCCUCUUCGUCUUCUAUAUGGUCGCCAAUGCAGUCAUCUACAGGCGUUAUGUCUCAGCCGAAACCACCAGCGGAUGGCCCACAUUGUCCUUCCUGUUGUGCUUCUCAUGCACUUCCAUCAUAUUCACCUUACUAUGGUGGCUGUUGUCGGCUGGUAAGCCAAAGGUGUUCAUGCUGGCGGCCUGCUCCAUGGUCGCCAUUGGAUUAGUGGUUGUGUUCAAUUAUUCAGUCCCUCAAGUAAGAAAACCCGACUUCUGGGGAGUCCCAUUGAUGCCAUGGAUACCAUCCGUCUCAAUCUUCCUAAACAUAUUCCUGUUGGGAAAUCUUGAUGGGCCGUCUUAUGCACGAUUCGGUUUCUUUUCGGCUCUUGCCGUUGUUGUAUAUGUUGUGUAUAGUGUUCAUGCUAGUUUUGAUGCCGAGGAGGAAGGGAUUUUAAGCAGAAAGAACGAUGAAAUGAUGAAGGAACCUAUUGAGCUUGAGGACCUGAGUCUGAAAGUGCAAAAAGAAUCAAUUCUUUUUGCUUGACUUUUAUUUUGUGUUGAUAGGGAUUAGUACCAUCAAAUUUAUCAUCUAACAACUUGACAUGAUAAAAACAAAAUUAAUAUUAUAGGAAUCAUGUUAUGUUAUCAUAUGAUAAGUUUGUUGCUAUUUAUAGUAAGACAUAAAAUAGUGUGUGCGUAUGGGCAUGUGGAUGAAGGUGUUGAAACUGUGGAUUUUGGC